GAUAACUAGGGUUUUAAACGCCCAAAAACCAGACAAUCGACAUCCCUAAAAAUGGCGACUCGCCUUCUCCUUCGCACUCUUCUCUCCUCCGCCAAUCAAACCCUAAUCCCACGCUUCUCCACUAAUUCUUCUUAUCUUCUACGCCUCCGCCCUAUCGUCUCCAUCGCUGCCGCCAAUCUCCGUCAGUCCUCCCUUGCGCCGACCAAUGUUCGUGCUUUCUCUACUCGUCAGACCACAUCUUCUCUGAAUGAUUCCAACCCUAAUUGGACUAAUCGUCCCCCAAAGGAGACGAUUCUUCUUGAUGGUUGCGAUUUUGAGCACUGGCUUGUCGUGGUGGAGAAACCCGAAGGCGAGCCUACGAGAGAUGAGAUAAUUGAUUCGUAUAUCAACACCCUAGCUCAGGUUGUGGGCAGCUAUGAUGAAGCAAGGAUGAAAAUCUACUCAGUUUCAACAAGAUGCUAUUAUGCUUUUGGAGCCUUGGUGUCUGAAGAACUCUCUUACAAGAUCAAAGAGUUACCCGGAGUUCGUUGGGUGCUACCUGAUUCUUACCUGGAUGUUAAGAACAAGGAUUACGGAGGGGAACCAUUUAUCGAUGGUAAAGCUGUUCCAUAUGAUCCAAAGUACCAUGAGGAGUGGAUCAGAAACAAUGCUCGGGCCAAUGAGAGGAACAGGAGGAAUGACAGGCCUCGCAACUUUGACAGAUCAAGAAAUUUUGAAAGGAGGAGAGAGAACAUGCAAAACAACCGUGGACCUCCCAACAUGGGCGGAGGACCUCCCAACAUGGGCGGAGGACCACCCAACAUGGGCGGAGGACCUCCCAACAUGGGAGGUGCACCGCCACCAAACAUGGGAGGAGGACCACCGACCAUGGGAGGUGCACCACCACCGAACAUGGGAGGAGGUCCACCCGCAAACAUGGGAGGUGCACCACCACCAAACAUGGGAGGAAGACAACAAGGUGGUGGCAUGGGAGGGCCACCCAAUUUUCAUGGAGGUCAAUCCAAUAACUGGCAGGGUCCACCUCCAUCGUACAGUGGAGGCCCACCGCCUCCCAUGCCUCCAAAUAACAUGGGAGGAAUGAGGCCUCAAAACAUGGGUGGAGGGAUGCCUAAUAACGCUCCCAACUACCAGCAGCAGCAGCCGCAGUAUGGACCAAACAAUGGAGGAAUGCCAUACCAAUCUGGACCAGGGCCAAACGGUUAUGCUCCCAAUGUAGGCGGUGGAAACCCUUAUCAGAACCAGGACGUACCUGGAAGAGACAUUCCGGCUGCCUCAAACUACGAAUAAAGAGUAUAUCAUGGAUCUCAACGGCCAAUUCUUUCCAGUUAUGGAGAUUGGUCAGUUCUCCUUAAGCUGUUAAGAUGGUCCUCCAAUGGUACUUUUGCUUCUUCUACAGAUUUUGUACCGUGUGCAAAAACUGUGAACGAUGUUUGCAGAAUCACACUUCUCUGAAGAUCUGGCAUCGGAAAUAUUGUAUAGCUUAGUCAUACCAUUAUGAUCCAUUGGUGUUGCAUUUGGUUGUGAACUUGUUGCUUUCAGUCUUGGCUGUGCAUGUGGAUUCUAAUAUGCUGUUGCAGAUUUUAGCUUACUGUGAUCUGUGGUAUAUGGCUAUGGUACGAACCGGCGGACAUGCUUCUAUU